AUGCCACCAGUGAGGUGUUCAAAUAUUGGUCGGCGUAGGCGUAACGCAGAUCGUGUUUCUAAUGUUAGAGACAGGGAGACUGAAGAAGAGCGCAGGCAGCGUUUGGAGGCAAACAGAAUAAGAAUUUCUCAAGCGAGAUAUACCACGACAUCGGAAGAACCCAUAGCAUCGACUUCAAGGGCGAGGCAACAAAACAUACGAUCAAACGUGACAAUUACAUAUGAACGUUUGGCGUUCCGAUAUGAUGCAACAGUCGAUUACGCCGGUGACAAAUCUGUCGAUUUUGGAACAAUAAGCAUUAUUUGUCAAUAUUGCAACGCUUUGAGGUUUCAACUCGAACCGCAAGGAUUAUGUUGUGCAAAUGGAAAGGUCAAAUUACCACAGCUAACGACGCCACCUGAACCACUGAAUUCAUUACUUUCAGGACAAAUUCAAGGACAAAUUCACCACCGUGCAGGAGCAUUAUUGCCUACAGUUGAUGGUGAAUAUAAAUUUCUUCAAAUUUAUUUUCUGGUAAAUUCUGAAGAUGAAGUAAAUCGACGCUGUGCUAUCAAUCGUUCAGCUAGGAGAGAGAUUAUCAUGGAGCUGCAACAACUCUUACAUGAACAUAAUGAGUUGAUCCAAUUGUUCAAAACAGUCUUGGAAAUGAUGCCAUCGGACGAUCAUAAAAUAGUGAUCAGAGCAGACAAAAGACCUGCCGGAGAACAUGAGAGACGUUUCAACGCACCAAUGUUAAAUGAAGUUGCCAUUGUGAUUGUUGAGGAGAAUAUGGAGUCUCGCGACAUUGUCAUUAAACGACGUGAUGGUGGCAAUCUGCAGCGUAUUAGCGAAACCCAUCGGUCCUAUGAUGCAUUACAAUACCCUUUAAUAUUUUGCCGAGGAGAGGAUGGGUAUCAUUUUUUGAUCAAUAUGAUUAAUCCAAUAACUGGUCAAGAAACAAACAAAAAGAUGAGCUCGAUGAAUUUUUAUGCAUAUCGUUUCAUGGUUCGUCUAAACGAGGAUAACCACAUUUUAAAAUGCCGCAGAUUGUUUCAUCAGUUUGCCGUUGAUAUGUAUGUCAAAAUUGAAACAAAACGUCUGACAUAUAUUAGAUUAAACCAGAAUAAAUUAUGUUCAGAAGAAUAUAUUCAUUUGUGUGCUGCCCUGAAUACAGAUGGAAAUGGAAAUAAUGUCGGCCGACUUACUAUUUUACCUGCAACUUAUAUAGGAAGCCCGAGACAUAUGCAUGAAUACGCGCAAGAUGCUAUGACCUACGUGCGUCAAUACGGUCGACCAGAUUUAUUUAUUACUUUCACUUGCAACCCAAAAUGGGUCGAAAUUACUAAUUUGUUAUUAGCUGGUCAAUCAUCCAACGAUCGCCAUGACAUAACAGCACGUGUGUUCAAGCAGAAACUCAAAGCGCUCAUGAACUUUGUUGUAAAAUAUAAUGUUUUCGGAGAGGUACGAUGUUGGGUGUACUCUGUAGAGUGGCAGAAGAGAGGACUACCUCAUGCGCAUAUUCUCCUGUGGAUGGUUGAAAAAAUAAGACCGUAUGAAAUUGAUUCUAUAAUUUGCGCAGAAAUCCUUGAUCCGGAGGCAGAUCCAGAACUGUAUGAAAUAGUAAAGAAGAACAUGAUUCAUGGACCGUGCGGUGAACACAAUCGCGAAUCACCGUGCAUGAUCGACAACAAAUGCUCGAAGCGUUAUCCGCGUGCUUUGUUGGCUGAUACAAUUACAGGCAAUGAUGGUUACCCUCUGUAUCGUCGUCGCUCUGUAGAAGAUAACGGAAGAACAAUAGUGUUGGAAGUCAAAAAUAAGGAUGUCAUAGUUAACAACAGCUGGAUUGUUCUAUACUCGCCGUUACUAUCGAAAACAUUUAAAGCACAUUGUAUUGUUGAGUACUGCAAUUCGGUGAAGUCGAUUAAAUAUGCUUGCAAGUAUGUCACAAAAGGAAACGACAUGGCUGUAUUUGGUAUUGCAUCUUCAAAUAAUAAUGAUGAAGUUUUAAACUAUCAGAUGGGAAGAUAUGUAAGUAGCAAUGAGGCAGUUUGGAGAAUUUUUUCAUUUCCUAUACAUGAACGUCAACCCACCGUAGUCCAUUUAGCUGUUAACCUAGAGAAUGGACAACGAGUUUAUUUCACGGCAGAAAACGCAAUGCAAAGAGCGGAACGGCCACCAGCGACAACGCUGACAAGCUUCUUUGAGACAUGUGCAAACGAUCCAUUUGCAAGAACAUUGCUUUACUCGGAAAUGCCAAAAUAUUUUACAUGUAAUGCAUCAUCCAAAAAAUUUCAACGUCGGAAACAAGGACAGCCUGUACCAGGAUACGAGAAUGUAUAUUCAACGGAUGCAUUGGGACGCAUUUACACAGUUCACCCAAGCAAUAACGAAUGUUUUUACUUGCGUUUGUUAUUAGUUAUGUUCAUGGACCAACUUCAUUCGAAUUUCUACGAAUGA